AUGUGUCAGCAUGGACAACUGACCACGUGAAAGAGUGGCUCCAGACAGGUAUCUCUGAGUAUAAUCUGACCGGCCUGGACAUUGAACAGUUCAGUGGAGUGGACGGUGCACGGCUCAGUCAGAUGUCCUGGGAGGAACUGUAUAAUCUGGCAGGACCGGACAAUGUGCACGUCCUCUACCCCUACCUCAACUACCUCCGGAAAUCCUCCCCAGCAUGUUACGCAUCUCGACGAGUGAGUGACGGUUCCACGACAACUGAACGCCAGAACAGUCACGCCUCUGACGUCAGGGAUCUCGACGACAAUGUUACGUCAUCACGGUUUUGUCCCGACGUCACAGACCCAGCUAUUGCCAAGUUGGCUUGGACAACGCCACAUCAGGGUGUGUCUAAAGCCUACUCUCCUGGCUUCUCUGGCAUCAGCAAGUCGGCCUUUGACCCCGGCAUGGCCAGCUCUGCCUGGAGGCCCGCACAAGGUUCAGGUCAGAUCCAGCUGUGGCAGUUUCUCCUGGAGCUCCUCUCCGACUCGGCCAACGCCGCCUGCAUCACGUGGGAGGGAACCAACGGGGAGUUCAAGCUGGUCGACCCUGACGAAGUGGCACGUCGCUGGGGGGAGCGCAAAUCUAAGCCCAACAUGAACUACGACAAGCUGAGCCGGGCGCUGCGCUACUACUACGACAAGAACAUCAUGACCAAAGUCCACGGGAAACGUUACGCCUACAAGUUCGACUUUGUCGGUCUCGCGACUCAAAUCCAGACCGCCACCUCAGAGUCUCCCUUCAAGUUCCACCAGGACGUGUUUGGUUUCCAGAGCUACCACACACCGAAAUACUUCAGGCCUCCCACCCACUCCAUGGCACCUCCAGCUCCCGGAGGCUUGUUCACCGCCCCUGGCUGCUACUGGUCCAGCCACAGUAAUGGCUUCUUGACCGGCAUCGGGGGUCACAUGAUGUCUCCCCACCACUCCGCCCACCUCACGAGUAUCGGAUACCCUUACUCUUAGGCUUGUUGACAUGCUAGAUUAUUAUCUAACAGUGUUUUUCUUUCCUUUUUUGUUUUCUUGUUUUUGUGGGCGCUUAAUACCUUACCAAACUCUAUGGGUAAAAGUGAACUGCAACCCCCAAUGCUGACCUGUUAGAGUUUGCGCUCAAUAUCCCAGGUCACCCUGGGGGCCACUGUAGGUUCGCUGUCAUGUCUUACAGGAGCAGGAAACCGUGGGCUGUGAUUAUUGUGAUGCACUAGGCAGUGUGGAGUUAUGCUUAACUUUUACAACCCACGAUUCUGUCGCCUCAAAAGACCAUGCUGUGGUGUAAGGCUUGCCCAACUUGGAAGCCCGCCUCCUAUCGAAAGGACUCGAAGGUUGGGGUUUACAAUGAACAUUCAUCCCGGCGAUCACACUUUGAAUACAUUCCCAAUUUGUAACACAUAGGUAUUAGAAUUAUAAUAAACUAUGUUUACAAACCCGGUGUCCUGUCAAGGGACCAAGUGACCUUUCUGAACAAUGAAUAUUGAUGCAUCUACUAAGGUGUUAAUGAGAGAUACAACAAAAGCAAAAA